ACGUCCCUUGGACACAGCGGAUCACCGAUCAUGGAAAGAGCCGAAGAUAGGGGACAUGUACACUGAUCAUCAGGGCACUGAUGAUCAGUGUGCCCUGAUGAUCAGUGUAGCCCCAGCAGUGCCACCUGUCAGUGUCCAUCAGUGCCUUGUGUCAGUGCUCAUCAGUGCCUCGUGCCAGUGCCCAUCAGUUCCACAUCAAUGCCACAUAUCAGUGCCCAUCUGAGCUGCCUUUCAGUGCCACCCAUCAGUGCCAGUCAGUGCCAGGUAUCAAUGCCAAUCAGUGCCACCUAUCAGUGCUGCCAAUCAGUGCCACCUAUCAGUGCCAGUCAGUCCACC